GUGACAAUUACUAACAAAUUGAAAGUAAAGACAUUGGAAUUAUAUUUAUCUAUUGAAACUGAAUUUGAAAUUCAUUGGCAUGAAAUUUAAUGCAUACUUUGCAUAUUUUUCGAGGAAGGAAGUUGUCGAAUUCCUUUCAAAACCUGUUAAAAAUGAGUUUUCAUACCAGUAAAGGUGACAUGACUGAUUUCAAAUCACUGCUAUCAAAAGCAAGGAAUGUGGUCUUCCUAACUGGUGCAGGUUGCAGUGCCGAAAGUGGUGUACCGACAUUCCGAGGUGCUGGUGGGUUAUGGCGCAAAUACGAUGCCACCAAGCUUGCCACACCAGAAUCAUUCAGGGCUAACCCAUCAUUAGUAUGGGAAUUUUAUAGCUACAGACGGGAACUUGUCUUAACAAAGAAGCCUAACGAUGCACACCAUGCUAUAGCAAAGUUUGAGAAGCAUUUGGUUAACCAAGGAAGGAUGGUGCAUGUCAUUACACAGAACAUUGAUGGUUUACAUCAGGCAGCUGGUUCAAAAAAUGUUAUUGAGUUACAUGGAUCUUUAUUCAAAACGCGCUGUCUGAGCUGUGGCCAAAUCGAGGAGAACAGACAAAGUCCUAUUGUCCCAUCAUUGUUAGGAAAAGGAGAGCCUCGCGUUGAUGCUGUUGAUGCUAAAAUUCCAUUAGAGGAACUACCAAGAUGUACCCAACCUGGGUGUGACUCACUAGUUCGUCCCCAUGUUGUGUGGUUUGGUGAAUCGCUUGAAGAUGAAGUCCUAAAACGGACAAAUGAUGCAUUACAUUCUUGUGAUAUGUGCUUACUGGUUGGUACAUCUUCUGUGGUCUACCCAGCAGCAAGUUUUGCACCAAGCCUUGCUAGCAGAGGUGUCCCAGUUGCAGAGUUCAACCUUGAGGAAACGCCCGCCACAGGAGCAUUCAGAUUCCAUUUUCAUGGAGCAGCAGGCCAGACCUUACCUCCUAUCCUGCUGGAGGAUUGCAACAAAGACUAGAAUAACUGAAUAACAAACUAUUAUCUAUCUUUAGAUGCAUAUAGUUUUGCACUAGAGUAUAGUUUUGUAGUACAUAUUAAAUAUAGAACAUAGAGUUUAUACUGGAAUAUUUAUGCAAAAAAAACCAAUCAAACCAUUGCAUGUUUGAGAGAUAUUCGCCAAAAAAACCUGCACAAAUAUGUGACGAAUUUUACUUGCUGAAAAUUGUUCUAAAUAUAAAUUUUUCACAAGCGAUUUGACAAGAUAUCAUGGCUGUAUCUUACGCGGAAUUGCAUUCGAUCAGUUU